CCCACCACCGAGCGCAGACUUUUCCUUCCGCCGCCAUCCUCCAUCCCAGAGCCAGACAGCAACACAAACCUGCAGUUAAACAUGAACUUCACAGUGGAAGAGAGGGGAAACCCGAACUCCCUCAACUACCGCUUGUUCUUCAAAAAUGCUGAAGGAAAGUACAUCUCACCAUUCCACGACAUACCAAUGUACGCCGAUGAGAGUCAGAACAUCUUCCACGUGGUUGUUGAAGUGCCCAGGUGGACAAAUGCGAAGAUGGAGAUUGCUACAAAAGACCCAUUGAACCCAGUGAAGCAAGAUGUGAAGAAGGGCAAGCUGCGAUAUGUUGCUAAUGUUUUCCCACAUAAAGGCUACAUAUGGAACUAUGGAGCAAUUCCUCAGACGUGGGAAGAUCCCGCACACAAAGAUGCAGACACUGACUGCUGCGGUGACAACGACCCCAUCGAUGUCUGUGAGAUCGGCAGUAAGGUGUGUUCCCGUGGGGAGGUAAUCAGAGUGAAGGUGCUCGGGAUCCUGGCCAUGAUCGAUGAGGGUGAGACUGAUUGGAAAGUGAUUGCAAUCAAUGUGGAGGACCCUGAAGCCAAAGACUUUAACAACAUCAGUGACGUCCAGCGCCUGAAACCUGGUUACCUGGAGGCCACAAUCGACUGGUUCAGGAGAUACAAAGUGCCAGAUGGGAAACCAGAGAACCGCUUUGCUUUCAACGACGAGUUCAAAGACAAGGACUUUGCCAUUAAGGUAAUCAAGGAUACUCACGGCUUCUGGAAAGAUCUCAUUUCCCAAAAGACCAAUGCUGGUGAACUGAACUGCAAAAACACGUCUUUCUCAUCCGGCGACAGUCCUUACUGCUGCUCAGCGGACGAGGCUAAAAGUGUUGUUUGUGAAACAUGUCCUUGUGGGAAAGAAGAACCUAUCCCCUCAUCAGUCGAUCAGUGGUUCUACUAUGAGAGGAAGUAAACCAGGAGCUGUUUGGAUUGGGGCACAGUGAAAGGCUCAUCUCUCAGAAAUACUUGAAGAUGGUCUUACCAAUGGGAACCAAUAGGAUGACAGGAUGGGGCUUGGCUGCUUGGAUCUGGGCACAUCUGUUUCCCUGUAGAUGGAGGGAUAGUGUUUAGAUACUGUAGAGAAAGAUGGGAAAGUAAAAAAAAGUGUUCAUGUCUUGACCAAUGAAUUUUCACCUAUUUAACUAAGAUCUCUUUGGAGAUGUGCUGUCAUAAACAAAGUGCAGGUACUAUGCUUGUAGAUACUUGUGUCAUCUUGUAUGAGACUCUGAACUGCUUUAAUAAAGCUUCUGCGGGUAAAUUAUCAUCAAA